AUGGUGACAAGGAAGAGAAACGCCACGAUCGACGUGGCUAGUAUGUUCAAAGAUGUGGAAUUAAAGGUACCACUCUUGACGGCAUUGAAGAUGCCCCCGAUUAGCAAAUUCAUCAAGGACUACCUGGCAGGGAAGGUCAAUGAGGAGGGCAGAAUGAUUGCAGAUGAGAAUGUAUCCGCAGUGAUCCAGCGGAGUGAUCUCCCCUCAAAGAAGACUGAUCCGGGAAUGUUCACGCUCCUGAUUUCAAUCGGAGAUAUUCAAGUGGAGCACGCGAUGUGCAACUUGGGGCGUCUAUCAAUAGGAAUUCUGGAAGACGUGAUCGUGAAGGUGAAUAACUCUCUGUACCCAGCUGAUUUUUUCUUAAUCAAGAUGACAGAGCCGGCCGCAAGGGAGUCAAGUGGAGUCCUGCUGGGAAGGCCGUUCCUGUCUACGGCCAGCACUAUAAUAGACGUCCGUAAUGGGGCGAUAAGCUUGGAUUUCAAUGGAGAGCAGUUCACGUUCAAUAUUGAUGAAGCUAUGAAGAGACCAGCUGAUAGCGAAAAUGUGUACUCAGUAGUCGUGACUGAGCCAUUAGUGCAGGAGUACCUAGAGGAGGAAUUCUUGCAGAGACAGUUCACUGACUCCGCUGUUGACGAAGAAGUCGACAGAGAAGUUACAGAUUGGCACGAAACCAUGAAAGUUGGAUAA